ACCAAGGGUAAAUCCUUGUGCCAGUUCCUUUUCAACACCAGGCACCACCAUGCAGCUUUGUGGUCGACCCCGGCUCCAGCUUCCGUGGGCCGAAUCCAACGCUACCUGCUUACUGGAUACUACAGUAUUCCUGGAAACGGGAAAAUGAGGGGUCGUGCUGCAGCUGGAUGGAGAGGCGCUUUGACGAUACUACCCACAUCAGACCGAGACCACACCUUUUUGCCCUUUCCUUGGCUUCUCAGGUCGUCCCCUGCAAAGGUGCGACUGACCAGCGUCUUGGGAGACAAGGGUCUGGGGGAAGCUUCCGGUUUGGCUGCGAUCGUGAACCUCACUCGCAUCAAUGCAGCUUAA